AUGAGGAAGCCCGUAUUUGUGCGCGCCUGGUGGCGGAGGGACACGCGAUCCGGAGGGAGAUGCUCUCGGCCUCAAAGAGUGCCGCGUAGAUCACCCAUGCGACGUGACGCAGAACCGAUUUUCUCCUCGACUUCGGCUUUGUUUGAAGUGCGUCUCUACUUUCACUUUACUACCUACUUAUCUCCCUAUCUCGAAAGCUGGCUUUAUUUCAAGUAUUUCCCUAUGUAUCUCCAGAACCAGUUUACAAUGUAAAGACCACAUCUAGCUGC